UCAAAAGCGUUUGAAACUGACUUCAUAUCUCUCACACAUAUCUCAGAGACAAAUCAAACAAAGAUUAUCACACAAUGGCCAAAUCUAACGUUUUCAUCACUGUCUCAUCAGUCCUUUGUCUCUUGUUCUCCUGUUCUGCUAAUGGCCAAAACACGGUCGGAGAGGAGCUGAUUGUACAGGGCACAGUUUAUUGUGACACAUGCGACGUUCAAUUCGUCACCAGGCUUAGCGAGCCCAUAGUUGGCGCGACGGUACGGUUGAAGUGCAUGGACUCUAACAACCCAAAGAAUAUAACGUUGGAGAAAGAGGGGACAACAGACCAGAACGGACAGUACAGGAUCGUCGUCGACGGCGACCAUGCCGAGGAGGUGUGCGAGGUUGUGCCAAUAAAGAGCAGCAAAGAGGAUUGUGCAGAGUGGGACGAAUCAAAGCAUCUGCAGCAAUCUGCGAAGAUUAGCAUCACCAACAAGAAUGGAAUCAAAGCUCGGCUUCGCAAUGCAAGCCCUAUGGGUUUCUCAAGGAAGCAACCUCUUCCUGAGUGCCCUCAGGCUCUCAAAGAGAUUGGAUUGAAGCCUGACGGCACCGUUUUAGAUGAAUAAUUCUUGUUAUUGUUUCAUAAUGCAUGUGUAUGAAGUAGGGUUGUGUUGUCCAUGCUAUUGUUUUGUCCUAGAGUUAUGUUUAUGCUCUAGAAGAAACUUAGCUUUUUCUUUAAUUUCAAACUAUUUAACAAUAAAAGGUUUUGCCUUCCAAGUCGGUGGUAUGGUUCAUUGAUUGUUUUGGGGAGAACU